GAAAAAAGAAAAAGACAGAAAGAUUCGAGUUCGUGUUUCUUUUUAAAACUGUGUAUUAUUCUACGUGUCCGUGUGCUUAAAAGAGAUAAGAGUACUUUAGUGGAUUCGAAGAAGAAAAAAACCUAAGAACUUCCACUUCCCCACCGUUUUAUAUAAACAAAUCAGAGUUGAAGACCGUUUUCCUAUUACCUAAUAAAGAGAGAAGAUAGCUAUUUCUAUUACAACAAUGGGAAGAAGAAGAGGUAUAAGAUUGAUUUUCUUACUGUUUUGUUCUACCUUGGCCAUUUCAUCUGCUGCUCUCCAACAACAAAUCUUCCCAACGGCAACAGAGUCUAAUUACCAACAGAAAACUUACACAAAAAAACAUGGUAAAUAUGGGGUUACUAACCAGAUUAACAGAAGAUACAGUUCAAGUGCAAUCACCGUUUCUAAUGUGAUUCGUCGUGGAAGUGGAAGUGGAAGUGGAAGUGGAGGUGGAGGUGGAAGUGGAAGUGCAGCCGCUGCCGGCGGUGGGGAAAAUGGUGGCAGUAGACCUCGUACAGGAGGAGGUACAGCCGUGAUCCCUGUUUAUGCAGCUGGUUCAGCACAAGCACAUCACCGCCAAGGUCGAGCACAUAAUGCAGGAAAUAGCUAUGAGAACAAUAUGGGGCUUCUGGUAGCUGCAGUUUUGGCCGCCAUUGCUCAUCUCUGUAGAGUUUUCUGAUAUCAAGGCUGUCUCCACUGGGACACAAUAACAUUGUUAUAUUGUUGGGCCUCCGUUUCCUGUUAAGGUCAAGAAAAAAGUAAAAUAUUUGGCUUGCAAAUGAUUGUAUGUGCAGAGAGAGAACCUCAUAAAGUUUUUUUUUUCUUGUUUUGAGUGACCGUUGUAUUGUACAGACGGAAGUAUUUUAAUUGCGUUAAUUAGAUACUCGUCUCAGGCAUUAUAAUCA